AUGCCGAGAAGUCUGCCAUUAAGAAUAAGUAUAAGAGACUGUUUAGUUUUAGUUUUAUUAGUUAUAUUUAAUACUAUUCACAUUACUGAUAUGGCUAACAAUAAUAUGGACAUACAGAGCAAAGAAAACAAAAUAAAGGAUGAUUCAAAUGACAAAGGGGUGAAUUUUAGUGAUAAUGAAGAAUACUUGAAGAGCUGUCAUUUUGGUGACCAGGACGCUGCUGAAUGUUCUUCUCUACAGUAUCCUUGUAUAACUUGUGAUCGGAGCAUAGAUUGUCGAUAUGGAGGUUUCUAUAAUUACUCCUGCACUGUCAAACCAAAAAUUGUUUGCAAUGGUAGCAAAACCUUCAACAGGACAGCAAUGUGCAGAUUUUGUUAUCAAACAGAGAAAUGGGAACAUCGCUGUGACCAGAAAGCAAACUGCAAUUCUCUGGCAUCACCAUUGAAAUUUUACUUGACUAACUGUACAGUCUCAGAUGAUGUGCUGUGUCUAGGAAAGCGAAGAUUCCUAAAGAAGAUCCAAUGUUCCUGGACUGCGGGCACUCGCUGGGGUACGGCAGUCAUCCUCGCACUUACUCUUGGAGGCUUUGGAGCUGAUCGGUUCUAUCUCGGCCAUUGGCAAGAAGGGAUUGGAAAGCUCUUCAGCUUUGGUGGACUUGGCGUUUGGACUCUAGUAGAUGCUUUACUUAUUGGAAUUCACCACCUCGGGCCGGCCGAUGGCUCCCUCUACAUUUAA